AUGGAGCCUUUAGUUACGGAUCAUGUUCUAAUCAAUAACACGAGAAUUGCCCAUGGCGUGCAUGGCCAAGGCGAACCAGUCAUCCUUAUCCACGGCACUCCUUCUUCCUCACUCAUCUGGCGUAAUAUUCUUCCUCAAUUAACCUCAAAUGGUUAUCGAGUACAUGUAUUCGAUCUCCUCGGAUAUGGACUUUCCGAGCGCCCAUGGGAUCCGGCAAUCGACACAUCUAUUUCAGGUCAGGUCACCAUUUUGGAGGGCCUGCUCAAGCACUGGGGCCUGGAAACUGCGCAUUUCGUGACCCAUGACAUAGGCGGUGGUGUGGGUCAGAGACUUUCUGUUUUCUCUCCCCAGCGAGUGCGCUCACUGACACUCAUUGAUGUGGUUUCGUUUGACAGCUACCCUUCUAAGAGAACGCGGGAGCAGAUGCAGCGGGGCCUUGAGACUCUUAUAAAGCUGCCUGACGAAGAGCACCGAGCCCAUUUUAGGGAGUGGCUUCUGUCCGCUGUUCAUGACAAGGAAAAGUUUAUUGGGUCGAGUCUGGAAACUUAUCUCGACUACAUUUCCGGCUCCGUGGGCCAACCGAGUCUCUUUCAACAUCAGAUUCGGCACUAUGAUCCUAAACAUACAAUGGAGAUUGCAGAGAGGCUCCCACAACUGGGAAAACUACCCGUUCAAUUGAUAUGGGGUGCUCAAGAUGUAUGGCAAGUGACGGACUGGGCGCAUAAAUUACACGAGACAAUUCCAAGCUCAGAUCUGACUAUCCUAGAGGAUUGUGGGCAUUUCUCGCCAGAGGAUCAACCUGAGAAAAUAUCACAAUUGAUCCUAGGAUUUUUGAAGAGGGAAUAG